AUGAGGAAGCAGAGCGCGCGCACCGCCGCGCUUGUCCUGUGCAUCGUCUCCUACCUCCUGGUGGGCGCCGCGGUCUUCGACGCGCUCGAGUCCGAGGCGGAGAGCGGCCGCAAGCGGCUGCUGGCCCAGAAGCGGAGCGAGUUGCGGAGGAAGUACGCCUUCUCGGCCGAGGACUACCGCGAGCUGGAGCGCCUGGCGCUGCAAGCCGAGCCGCACCGCGCCGGCAGCCAGUGGAAGUUCGCCGGCUCCUUCUACUUCGCCAUCACCGUCAUCACCACCAUCGGGUACGGCCACGCCGCGCCGGGCACGGACUCGGGCAAGGUCUUCUGCAUGUUCUACGCGCUCCUGGGCAUCCCCCUGACCCUAGUCACCUUCCAGAGCCUCGGCGAGCGGCUGAACGCGCUGGUGCGGCGCCUCCUGCUGGCGGCCAAGCGCUGCCUGGGCCUGCGGCGGCCGCGCGUGUCCCCUGAGAACAUGGUGGUGGCCGGGCUGCUGGUGUGCGCGGGCACCCUGGCCCUCGGGGCCGCCGCCUUCGCGCACUUCGAGGGCUGGACCUUCUUCCACGCCUACUACUACUGCUUCAUCACGCUCACCACCAUCGGCUUCGGCGACUUUGUGGCGCUGCAGAACGACGAGGCGCUGCAGAGAAAGCCGCCCUACGUGGCCUUCAGCUUCCUGUACAUCCUCCUGGGGCUCACGGUCAUCGGCGCCUUCCUCAACCUCGUGGUCCUGCGCUUCCUGGCGGCCGGCGCUGACGCGCCUGAGCGCGCUGCCCGCCCGCUCCGCCCGGGGGCGCCCGAGAGCCGAGGGCCCGCGCACCGCGCCGGCCUCCUCUCCAUCUCCUGCCGCCUCCACCGGCUGGAGCAGUGCGCCCGCGACAAUCCCGGCUUCUCGCCCCCCGCCAGCCCCGGGGCUGGGGGCGGCGGCAGACCCGGCAGGCCCCCGGCCCGGCGGAAGUCCAUCUGAUAGCCCUUCCCACCUGUGCAUCUCUGCAAGUGGUCCUGGGAUGGGCCCCAGAAAUCACGGGACUCGUCCCACAGGACUCAUCCGGGGGGUCGAUCCUAGAACCUGAAGGUCUGGAUUCGCCUGUCCGCGCACCCUCCCCAGAGCUUGGAGAAGGGCUGAGGGGCCGUGGCCUCAAUGCCGUCCUCUGCUACGAGCAGUUUCUCACUCCCUUCUGUGGCGCGAGCCCCGCUCUCCUCUCCAAAAAGACAUUAAA